GCCCCUCUCGGGCCUUAGGCCCGCGGUCGAAUUCCUGGAGAAAAUCAAAGUCGCCCAUUUACAUGGGAAUCUCAGAGAGUUUUUAGUAUAAGCAUGUCCGACAUGUUGCAUGGGACUCCUAAUUCGUUCCUUGCUCGAAAUUCAAAUGUAACUGGGCGGUCUGUACCUUUAUUUGCUAAACCUGGCAGCCAUACCCGAGGCCCCGGGCGAAUGGAGAAGAGCUGGGCUGGGCGGGGCGGGGCACUGUCCGCGUCCUGGAGGCCGACGAAGCGUAGUAGGGGCGUCGGGCUGCGCUCACCAGCCUUGGCCUGGCCGACUGGUCUCCCACGCUGUCAUGCCUCCUGCUGAACUGCCCUGGGAGUAAAGCGCUAGGGAUUGGAUAUUUGCUUUGUUUUUAUGUCGCAUUCUGAUGAACAAGGAGCUUGCUGGCCUUACGCUGAUGGACCUGUGUGGAAAAGCUAUUGUACCUCUUCGGAAGAUGUUACCAAGUACUUCAGUGAAUUCCUCAGUGCAGGGGAACGGAGUCUUGAAUUCCAGGGAUGCAGCAAGACACACAGCUGGAGCAAAACGCUACAAAUACCUCAGGAGGCUUUUUCGAUUUCGCCAGAUGGACUUUGAGUUUGCUGCCUGGCAGAUGCUCUACCUGUUCACUUCCCCACAGAGGGUUUAUAGGAACUUUCAUUACCGGAAGCAGACAAAGGACCAGUGGGCCAGAGAUGACCCUGCUUUCUUGGUCUUAUUAAGUAUCUGGCUCUGUGUAUCCACUAUAGGAUUUGGCUUUGUGCUGGACAUGGGAUUUUUUGAGACGAUAAAGCUUCUCCUAUGGGUCGUGUUCAUAGAUUGUGUGGGUGUUGGUCUUCUGAUAUCGACUUUAAUGUGGUUCAUCUCCAACAAGUAUCUAGUAAAGCGACAAAGCAGAGACUGUGACGUGGAGUGGGGCUAUGCCUUUGACGUGCACCUCAAUGCCUUCUACCCGCUCCUGGUCAUUCUGCAUUUCAUCCAGCUGUUCUUCAUCAACCAUGUUAUCCUAACAGACACAUUUAUUGGAUAUUUAGUUGGAAAUACCUUAUGGCUGAUUGCAGUUGGCUAUUACAUCUAUGUAACCUUCCUAGGAUACAGUGCAUUGCCCUUUUUGAAAAACACAGUAAUUCUUCUCUAUCCGUUUGCACCUCUGAUCCUACUGUAUGGGCUGUCGCUGGCACUAGGCUGGAACUUCACCCGUGCUCUGUGUUCUUUCUAUAAGUAUCGAGUGAAAUGAAGAGAAAGGUGGCAAUACCCAGCUUGACUGUGUCAACAGUAUUGGUGAGGUGAUGAUUUCUUGUAAAACUUGUAAAUAAACUCUUUGUAGAUAUCUUAAAGGUGUAAAGUUUACAGAUUUGAGGAGAUAUGCUAACACUGUGGUCUCAAGUACAUUCCUUCAAUAAAUAUUUUUUAAACUAAA